CCCGCUCAGCCAAAAGGAGAAGGACGAGGAAGCCCGGCGGCAGCGUGAGGACAGCUUCGCGGAGGAGGACGACGACCCAGAUGCCAAGAAGGCGCCGGGGCGACCGACGGGGAAGUAAGUCACCUUCCCUGCAUCUGCUCACGCAGACCUCGCAACGAGUACACGCCAGAAGAUGACGAUCUCCUCUGCCGCUACUUGGCGCGGUACCAUCCCGGCGGAUCGUGGAGCUCGCGCAAGACGUAUCAGAUGAUGGAAUUUCGCGUCAGCCGGCACAAGUGGGUGGACCGGCACACGUGGCAAUCGUGGCUGGAGAGGUUCAAGAAGAAUGCGGUUGCCUUCAGCAAGCGCGUGGAACGAUACACCAAGGCGUCGCUCGACGACGAUUUGAAGACGGCGGCGGAACGGCAGGCCGCGAUUGAGCGCCUGGCCAGCUCGCAGGACAAGGGGAUUGCGAACGGCGCAAACGAGGCCGGACCAUCAAAGUGCAAGGAGAAGGAAACGACUUUGUCUAAAAGCAAGGAGAAGGAGGGGACGCUGAACAAGCGCCGUUUGGUGGACUCUGAUUCGGACGACGAGCCGCGCAAGAAGGACCCACCACGACUAGCGCUUGGCCGCAACCGUCCGGGAUCGAGUUUCCCAACUCAGCCACUACGUGUGCGCGAGCCUCUCUUCCUCCCGGGCCCGUCAUCUCAGAUCGAUGGUCCAGAGACAAUAGAGCCGGUUGCGACGCAACCGCCUGCCGAUGGACAUGCCGAGGAGACGUCUGUGCCCGACGCUGUGCCGUUGCCAGCGGAGAUGCCGACUGUCGUGCCGACGGUGGUGCCGGCCAUGGAAGUGCGGUCCGAACAGCCGAUCGAGCCGCAGCUUGGGACGGCAUCGGAGCAGCAGCCUGAGCAGACAAUGGAGCAGCUGCCCGAACAGGCAAUUGUGCAGCAGCCCGGGCAGCCUUCGGAGCAGCAACCGGAACAGCCAUCCAAGCCUCAGACUCAAACUGAGCAGGUGGAGCCACAGUCCGCGCAGACGUCAGAGCUGCAAUCUGGGCAACACCCCGAGCAGCCCACAGAGCAACAAACCGAGUCUCCACCGGAACAGCGGGCCGCGCAGCCGCUUGAGCUUGAGCUUGACCAGCCGCAACCUCCGACAGAGCAGCAGAGUAUGCCCACCGAACAGAUAGAAUCGGCCGCACUCUCUCCGCCGCAAGCACCAACUCCACCGUCAACAACACAUCCACCUCCCCAGGCACCACCUACAGCCUCGCCUCCGGCACACUCAUCUCCGGUUGUGCCUGCCCCGACGAAAGCUCCGCCAGCAGGCGUACUCGAGGAGCCAUCAUCUCCGGCUCCUCCCCAAGUUACGUCAGCUCAGCCCACCGCGUCACCCGGUGCCUACGCACCUCGUUCCAGCGCAGUGGCAGACCUAGUCGAACGCCGUCGCAUGUCCAAGCGCCGCCGAACGCUCGCGACAGUCGCAGCUCCGGACGAGAAGCCCUCGCUCCGACGGAUAAUUGAUACCGUAUCCGUCUCUCCAGGACAGCUACGCACACCACCUCCACCGCCGCGUGAGCCGGGGCCUUACGUUCCUCCAGCACCACUCACACCCGAGCAGCUGCAGGCCAAGUUGGACGCUGGUCGCAACAUCGUGGCGUCCGUGGCGCAGACAUACAGAUCAUACAUCAACCGGUGGCUGGCGGUGUACGGCGUCGGCCAGGCGGAGAUCAUGGCGGCUGUGGAGGAAGUGCGCGCACGCACAGACCUCACGCGCGCCCCCUUGGUGUUCGGCGAAGUGGAGCGCGUGCUGGAGGAGCGGUAUGGACGGGUGGAGGAGGGUGCGUAGAGGGUAGGAGGUGUAUGCGAGUGCAGCUUGUGUCACGUGUACGGUUACAGCGACCCGAGAAGUGCUCCGGUGCCGCUUGCGUGGUCGGGACGAGUAGAGGUCGUGUGAAGCGGCACCAGGUACCGGGGAUAACAAAGUCUGGUUCACAUGAUAAGGGCUCGCAGGCGAGCGGAGACCAGCGGGCCGGGACUGGCGCGACCAUCCAAAAGUGCAUCCAGACGCUCGACCGACCAGCGACCGAGAUAACGAGAUGGACGCGUCGAUCUUGCCGAGGCGC